AUGCACCCAGAUAAAUUCCGUGGCCUUGCGCUCCUUAAGGCCCUGAUGGCACUGCCCACCUUCAGCAGAGACCGCAGCGUGCGGGAACAGAUUCAUGGACUGGAGCGUGUGGCAGACGAAUACCAGAGGGCGACAGGGAGGCAGCCGGGCGAAGAUGUGAUGUUGGGUACUUUAGUGCGGUGUCUUCCGAAUGCCAUAAAGCAACAUGUGCAAUUGCAAAUGGCAGACACCAGCACUUACCAGAGCGUCCGAGACUACGUGCUGGGGUACGAGCUGACAACCACGUCAUGGACCCCGGCCAAGAUGCACCAGGCCUUCGGUGUCGUGCCAAUGCCGUCAACUGCCGACCAAGGCCCAGUUCCCAUGGAGGUUGAUGCGCUUCAGAAAAAGGCUAAAGGCAAAGGCAAGCAGCAGAACACAACAACAGCAGCAACCUGGCAAAGGCAAGGACAAAGAUGGCAAGCCUCAGAAAGGCAAAGGCCAAGGCAAACAGCAGAAGGGUAA